CCUUGUGAGAGCCAGUCCAGGGCCUAAUGUUGUUUCUACAAAAGGCUGACUCCUAGAUUUUACUUUAUUUGCCUUAAUUCACGUCCUAGAUAGCUCAACCCACCUCAGAGGGUGUUUCUCCUGCCAGUUUCCAUCCUCAACAAUUCCAGUAUACUCUGGAUAAUAAUGUUCUAAGCCUAGAACAGAGAAAAUUUUAUGAAGAAAAUGGGUUUCUUGUCAUUAAAAACUUGGUAUCCGACGCUGAUAUUCAACGCUUUAGGCAUGAGUUUGAAAGAGUCUGCAGAAAUGAGGUGAAACCACCGGGACUGACGGUGAUGAGAGACAUGACCAUUGCAAAGUCAGAGUAUGUGCCAAGUGAGAGAACGAUCACCAAGAUCCAAGAUUUCCAAGAAGAUGAGGAGCUCUUCAGAUACUGCACCCUGCCUGAGAUCCUGAAAUAUGUGGAGUGCUUCACUGGACCCAAUAUUAUGGCCAUGCAUACGAUGCUGAUAAACAAGCCUCCAGAUACUGGCAAGAAGACAUCCCGGCACCCCUUGCACCAGGACCUGCACUAUUUCCCCUUCCGGCCUAGCAGCAGCAUCGUCUGUGCUUGGACGGCCAUGGAGCACAUUGACCGGAGCAACGGCUGUCUGGUGGUGCUCCCAGGCACACACAAAGGCACCCUGAAGCCACACGUUUAUCCGCAGUGGGAGGGAGGAGUGAACAUCAUGUUCCAUGGGAUCCACGACUAUGACAAAGACAAUGCCCGGGUGCACCUCAUAAUGGAGAAGGGAGACACCGUUUUCUUUCAUCCUUUGCUCAUCCAUGGAUCCGGUCGCAACAAAAGUCAAGGAUUCCGGAAGGCAAUUUCCUGCCACUUCGCAGGUGCUAACUGCCACUAUAUCGAUGUGAAGGGCACCAGUCAAGAAAAUAUUGAAAAGGAAGUUUUAGAGGUAGGCAGGAAACACUAUGGAGUGGACGAUGCCAGCCUGAGCCUGAAGAAUCUAUGAAUGUAUCCCGUAUCUGAAGAUGCUCUGACUUCACGUCUGCACAUCCUACAAAGUCUUAUCCUUCUCAGUUUGUCCAGUACUUAAACGCCUUACAAAGGCAAUAUACUCUGCCAACUGGAACUUCCAUCCAACACUCUGAAUUUUAAAGCAGGAAAAAAAAGUGUGUAUUAUGUUUGAGGUGUGUUGAGUUUGUGCUAAAUGAAUCAGUCCCUGUAUUUUCUGUCCUUCUGCUUCAUUGGCUUUACUUGGAAGAACAACACUGACUUCUGCUACACACAGUUCUUUGUCUGGGACACAAACACGUUCAUAUCCCUUUUCUCCUUUUCUUUAUCAAAACCGAGUGGAGCAAUCAUUAUAGCUUCAUGCUCUUAGUGAGAAAAUAGAAAGGUUGAGAAGUUGGUGUCGUAACGUAAGUGACAGAUUUUACAGUCAGCUCCAAUCCCAAAAUCAUUCUUCCCGCCGUAGCUUGCUUUCGCGCCAAAAGAAACAAGAAACUAUGAAUUGUUUUAUUAGGAACAAAGAAGAAGGGGUGGGGGGAAGCAAACACCCCAGCAGCCCGUCAUUGCCAUGAUGAUGAUCUCAUCAGGAGUGGAUGCCUCUGCACAGGGCAGGCGGACAUCACAGAGGGAAGCAGGAGCUGGGAAGUAAACUGUACUGUGACCAGACCUAGCAGCCAGUUCCCACACCUGUAACCAACAAGGGGCCAAGUGCGACAGGGCUGGGGACUCACUGUCUUGGCUUACUAAACAUGACUGUAGACGUUGGUCAGGAAAUGAACUGGAGUCUCAGAAUGCGGUUUAUUUACUAAGGACUAUUGUGGUUUCUUUCUUUUUGCUUUGCUUGCUUGCUUUCCUUCUUUCCUUUUCUUUCUCUGUUUCUUCCUUCCUUCCUCUUCCUUCCUUCCUUCCUU